AAAAGAGCUCGCAAGCUGUAAUCGCCAAUAAAUUGGAUUGUAAUUAAUAAUUAAUAGUUGCCAUUUGCCACUUCCAACUCCAAGUUCCAAGCAUUUGGCAACACCGCUUACGGUCUUUCUCUCCUUUCAUAAACAAGUGUCCGGAAUGGCAGACGCGCCGCAAACUGCGCCUAAAGCUAAGGUGCCUAAAUCUAAGCCUAAUAAAGAAAAGGCCGCUAAAGAAGCGCCUGCUGCACCUGUAGAGACUCAAAAGGCCGUACGUAAAGCUUCAAAGCCUCGUCAUGGUAGGCUGUACGCCAAGGCAGUGUUCACUGGAUACAAACGUGGUCUUCGUAAUCAACACGAAAAUACUGCACUUUUGAAAGUUGAAGGAGCUCGUAGCAGAGAUGAUGCGGUAUUCUAUGCUGGCAAAAAAUGUGUAUAUGUAUACAAAGCAAAGAAAAGAACACCAAUUGCUGGUGGUCCUCGUGGGGUGAAAACAAAGUUGCGUGCAAUCUGGGGAAAAGUGACUCGCCCCCAUGGCAAUUCUGGCAGUGUCCGAGCUCGCUUCAAGUCAAAUCUACCAGCUCAAGCUAUGGGACACAGGAUACGAGUGAUGUUGUAUCCAUCAAGAAUUUAAGAACUUUAUAUUUAAGAGUAAAUAAAAUAUAAAAAUCAAAAA